AUGGCAAACAAGGAGAAGCUUCAAGAUGAGGGAAUUGUCCCGUUGAGUAUGAAUUGCUCACAGCUGAUCUCGGGAAUGAUGCCAAGAAAGAAGAGAUUGGAGAAGAGGAUUGAGCCUAUAGAUAUUGCUCUUCAAUUGACUGAUCACUCAAUUGUAAAGCCAACUGGGAUUGUAGAGGAUGUGCUAGUGAAAGUGGACAAGUUCAUCAUUCCCGUCGACUUCAUUGUCUUAGACAUGCCGGAAGAUAAGGAAGUGCCUAUUCUCUUUGGGCGGCCUUUUCUAGCCACUGGAGAUGUGCUUCAUGGCACAAAAGAUAACUCUGCCACUUUUAGAAUCAAUGGUGAACAAGUGACUAUAAAUGUGGAUAAAGUGAUGAUGCACCCAAGUGAUGCUAAGGCAUGCUUUAGAGUUGAUGUUCUUGAUCGAUGCAUCUUCGAGAAGAGUUGUUGUUUGAUGCAAAAGGAAGAUAGUGUGUUUGAUGAAGGGAGUUUGGAACAAGAUUUUUGUUUCCCAAUACAAGUUGACUUCAAAGAAGGCGAAGAGCCGCCUAUUGGAGUUUGGAUAGGAAAGUUUCAAAGAAGAAUGUCGAGGCAACGACUAUAA